AUGACAAGCAAUGUUUCACAAUGCCACAUCAGAGAAGAUAUGGAACCUUUUACCUAUUUUUACUACUUGAUUUUUCUCAUGGGAUUUAUUGGAAGUUGUUUUGCACUAUGGGCAUUCACACAAAAAGAUCAGAAACAGAAAUGUAUGAGCAUCUACUUAAUUAAUCUCUUAACAGCGGAUUUUUUGUUGACUUUGGCAUUGCCAGUAAAGAUUAUUGUUGACCUAGGAGUUGCGUCCUGGGAACUCAGAAUAUUCCACUGUCAAGUUACAGCCUGUUUCAUCUACCUGAACAUGUAUUUAUCAAUUAUAUUUUUGGGAUUUGUAAGCAUGGAUCGUUGCCUUCAGCUAACACACAGUUCUAAGGUCUACCGCAUUCAAGGGCCUGGAUUUGCCAAGAUGUUGUCUGCAGUUGUAUGGACAAUGGUUCUCCUUAUAACAGUGCCUAACAUGGCUAUUCCAAUAAAAACCAUUGAAGAAAGACCUGGUGCAGGAUGCAUUGAUUUCAAAACAAAAUUUGGAAGAGACUGGCACGUGUUUACUAACUUCAUAUGCACAGCAAUAUUCCUGAAUUUUUCAGCUGUGAUACUGAUUUCCAAUUUCCUUGUUGUUAGACAACUCUACCGACACAAAUACAGCGAGAGUUAUGCAAAUGUGAAGAAAACCCUCAUCAACAUACUGCUCAUUACUGCAGGCUACCUGCUGUGUUUUGUUCCAUACCACAUUGUUCGUAUUCCCUACACUUUGAGCCAAACCGAUACCAUAACCAGCUGCUCUGUGAAACAAGCUCUCUUUAAAGCUAAAGAAUUGACCUUGCUGUUUGCAGUAUCAAACCUCUGUUUUGACCCUAUUCUGUAUUACCAUCUUUCCAAAUCAUUCAGAAUGAAAUUUACCGAGACUUUUGCAGCGCCCAAAGCAGCAGAGGUUUUCACAGGCGAAGUGGUACGACACAGAAAUGAAGAGCAGGUGCAAAACUACUGAUUCUAAAAUACAUCAGAAGUGUGGGCAAAUCCGCAGUAUAAACAGCCGUUGAGCAACUGCAAGCACGGCUGUCAUGGUCAACAACACUUCUGCUGAAUCAUAAGCCUAAGCAGAGGGAAAAGUGUUGCAAAAUACCUAUCACUCUGUUAUAAGUUCACAGAGUAGGUCUGAAAUAGCAGAAUGUUUGAUAAAGCCCUUCAGAAAUAGUUCAAUGUACCAGCGAUGACCUACCAGGGAUCAGCAACACUUAAGAAUACGACGUGUUCAGACAGACUCAAACAUACCUUAUAAUUAUUUAUGGUAAACACCGGAAUCCACCUUUUCUAAGUUAAAUAUUGCAUACUUACUAUAUUAAAUGACUUGGUGCAAUCAAGUGAAGAUAUUAUUUAAUAGCAGUUCUUCAGCUGCAAAGCUUUCACAUAUACAAUUAACCAAAAAGCAUUUUAGAGGGUAUUAUUUACUCCAGAAUGAUUUUAAGCUGCACUGAUUAAAAUUAUUGUA